ACUCCCUUCGUUUCCAACCAUUUUCAGUCCCCCUUUUUUGUCUAUAUCCACAGCCCAAAACAUUAAUCGCUAAUUACCACCUAAAUCUUCACUAUUUCACUCGCUUAAUCUUUCUUUAAAAAAUCACUAAUUCUUGCGCCGUCUAGGGUUUUCAAUUUCGCUUCUGUUUCCUUUCUUGCGUGCUGUGAACUGCACUCGCGCAUGGAUGCUGGGAAGGGGAUGCCGUUUGAGAAUGCGAGCAUGCCUAUAAGAGUGCAUGAAAAUGGCGGAGGAUUCGACGCUGAUGACAUAAGCGGCGGGGGCGAUGACACGAUGAUCAGUGCGGAGGAGAUGUCCACGCCCAUAGCUGCGACUCCAGUAAAUAGUCAAUCCUCGCAGCAGCGGCUGUCGGCGUCCAGGUGUAGUGAGCUCACCAUUUCUUUCGAAGGCGAAGUCUACGUGUUUCCUGCUGUUACUCCGGAACAGGUGCAAGAAGUGUUGUUGCUCUUGGGAGGUCGGGAAAUGCCAACCGGCAUUCCCAACACUGAAUUUCUAUUACAAAUAAGUGAUAAGGGUGUGGUCGGUGUGGAUGAUGAUUCAAGCCAGCCUACUGUUUCUCGGAGGAUUGCAUCAUUAGAGAGGUUUCGUGAGAAGCGGAAAGAGAGAUGCUUUGAUAAGAAGAUUAGGUACACUUGCCGGAAAGAAGUUGCUCAGAGGAUGCUUCGGAAAAAUGGCCAAUUUGCUUCUGUUAAGGAUAUGUGCAAAAUAUCUCAUGAUAAUUGGAAUCCCGGAAACAGCACUCAACCGGAACCUGUUUUACGUCGAUGUCAACAUUGUGGAAUUUGCGAAACUUCAACUCCAGCAAUGCGUCGGGGUCCAAAAGGUCCAAGAACUCUAUGCAAUGCUUGUGGAUUAAUGUGGGCAAACAAGGGUAAUCUAAAAGAUCUCGGGAAGGGAGGUAGACAUACAUUCGAACAAACUGAACCAGCAUGUGAUGUGCUUGAACCUCUAGAAAUCAAGCCUCCUGCUACUGAAACAGCUAAUUCAUACUGCAACCAAGAUGAGGAGGAGUUGAUGGAGAUUAGUGAAAGAACUGCUGGUUCAUCAAUCGGAAUAGAGAAUUCAUCUCGAAACCUUGGUGAGCAGGUGACUGUUCCUGGGAAAUUUCUCUCUUUUCUUAAUUUUCUGACUUUGCGAAAUUCACCAUAUAUUAGUUUAUAAUGACCUUUACUCACAUAACAUUUUCUGCCUCUCUAGUUUUUUCCAGUCUUGUGGGGAAAGGACCUAUCUGUAUAAACUUUAGUACACAGGAAACUUUACUUUUGUCACUUGUUUGGUGCACCUUGGAUGUGGCGAACUGAGCUUUUGUUCAUGCUGUUUGCAUGCAUGUAUUCUCACAUAAAAGUUCAACAAUGAGUAGAAGGAGGAUCUAGCAUGUUAAUUUGCAUAAGCUGCGUUCAUGAAAUGGUGAAUUUUGACGUCGUCGCAUAAUGAUUUGGUUGUCAAGUCAAGUGGGUUGUGUUCCUGCAAGAAGUUUAACAAAUAGUCGAAAAAAACUUGCCAAACUUGACCAUUAUUUAUGACCUUAUUUUAUGUACAUUUCUGUACUUGGGAAUUUCCCUCUAAUCUGCAUAUCUAUGUUCUCAUAUCUCAGAGUGCCUAAUUUAUUGAAGAUGAAUAUUUAUACUUAUCCGUAUCAAUGCUUUUGGUUAGCAGGAUGAAGUGACGAAUGUGUGUGGAACAGCUAACUUUGACCAACAGGUUUGUUCUUGAAUAAUUGACAUGACUUGAAGCUGUACAGAGUUACGCUGAUUUUAGAGAUAUUGCAGAUAUAAGAUGGUAAUCAAACACUACUUAUUCUUGACGCAUAAUUACUAACAUCGAAUGCUUGGCCAAACUUUAUUUCGUUUUCAGCGCCGGACAAAUAUUGUUGAUUCAUAUUUAUCCUGAAACAUCAUAUAUUCUACCGUAGAAUAACUGUCA